GAACGCGCCACAAUACGGCGCACGCCUCACGAAUAUAGCAAAAAUUGCAUCUCUCCAAGUGUCUUUCUGUGUCGAACAUCAUAAUCGGUGAUUGUUUUAUCGCAUUUCGUCAAGUGGAGGACCAAUAAUACCUUAUCUAAUGAUGAUUGAAGAAUAACAUCUAAAUGAAUUUGUUGGAAUUCUGAAUGAGGUGGUGAUCGAUAGAGCGGAGUGCGCAGGCCCGACUGAUACUUGCCAGUACAGCUGCUUUGGCAUCUCGCGUCGGACCUCCCGACAGUAUCGUGUUUCUGGAUCACUGUUCUUAUCAUUGGGGCCUGUGAACGAUGUAAUGGUCCUAAUGAAUCUUCGGCUUAGUGUCUGGGCGCUGGCGCUAUUGAGCGUGCUGGCGCCCUCUAUUGCUGAUGGAAACAUAGGCUGUUUAUUCAGUUCAACAUUGUGCGUGGAAGGCGUGGAAUGGUGUUUUGAUGAUUUCGCUUUCGGAAAAUGCAUUCCUAUCUAUGAAAGCGACGUGGAAGAAGGUUCUCUUUACCAGUAUGAUAUGAGUUCCGGUCAGCUGCAGUGGUUCGAGGGAGAACUGCAACGACUUGCAACGCAGGGAUAUCGCUGGGAGCAUGCCUAUACCCAAUGUAUCUUACAAAGCAUGCUUUACGCAUUACGCCAAAGGCUUGAUCCAGCGAAUGUAAAUGCGAAAUUGUGUGAUCAAUUUGCUGACCCCAAAUUAAAUUCUGCGCCUAUUAGUGAUGGCGAUGAAAUGAGCGAAAUUGUUGAACCAGACGAGACAGCUUACAUUCGAUUUACGCCCAACUCUCCAUUAGGAGAUUCGGACUAUGCAAAUGAAGUAUUUAAUCCUCCUCUGACGCCAGAUAACGAGCCCAUACCAUAUUUAUCCGAAGAUAACCUGGAUUUAGGAGUACCUAGCGAUAAAGUACGUGACCUGAUUUUAAUGAACGGAGUCGAAGACUCACCAGUAGUACCGUUCCAAGGGUUUCGUGAAAGGCUUCGGACCGAGACAUUGGAAAAUCCUGAUCUUAUAGAAAAAGAGAAGAAAUCACUAAAACCUAAACUUGAACCUAAUACUGAAACUAAUGAAUUCACCGACGAACAACGUCUUGGCGCUCAUUUCAGGAAGUACAAAACUAAACCUCCACCAUACACUGCUGAAUAUUUGACUGGCAAUCGAUUUUUGGAUGCCGAAGUACAUUCAAACGCUUUAGAAAAGUAUAGACAGAGUUUUGCCGCAAAACAGUUCCCCUUUGAAUAUGAAAAUCCGGAAGAUAUGCCUGAGUCGAGGAUUUAUUUCGAAGAUGGUACGGAAGAUGAAUUACUUGAUGCUGGAAGUGGAGAUUUAGGUCCCUAUAAUUCUAACGGAGGAAAAUCUAAAUCAAAAUAUGACAAGAAUAAUAUGGCAUAUUUAAUGAAUUAUUGGCGUGAGAUUAUUGGAUCGAAACUGAAGCCACAAGAUGCCAUCGCAGCUGAAGGAGGACCCCUAGGCCCCGAUGAAUUGCAAGGUGAAAAUUCCAAAUUUUAUCUAUCUGAAGACUUCCAAGACUUACUUGAUAGAGAAUUGGGAUUUAAGCGUAGGGAAAGGGACGAUGUUAAAAAGCCCGGGCCGAGGCUGGACGCGAAAGCCUUAAAGAUUUUGUACAACAAUACGGGUAAAGUGACAGAAAACGAGGCAGCCGGUAAAGCUGACAACCACAAUGAAUAUCAAUAUGAUCCAUCGUACGCCUUCGUCAAAUUUCAAAAUAGAUUCCUUACAAACUGGGAAAAAGGCAUCUCUUUCAUUGCAAGACUUGAAGAAAUGCUCGGCUUAGACAAAGAUACUUUUACUAAUCCACGUGUUGAUCCAACUGAGGUGACUUUCAAAGUGGAGAAGAAUAACAGAGGUUGGGAUGCUGAAGAAGUUGCACGACAGAUAGGUUCUAUAAAGGAAAAAGUGAGGAAAGAAACAGGUGCACAAAUAGUUGCUAGUGGUAUUGGGGAUAGAACUCAAUAUCAUGUAAUGCGUCAGGAUAUGACAAGAGAACCGCAAUACUUUGGACUGGAGUUGCCAGUACUCCUGGCAUUGGUGGGAAGUCUUGCUGUGCUAAUUGCUGGCAUCGUAGUAUUUGCAGUUCUUCUAAAGCGUGAUAUGAGUUCCAAGAGGAAGAUGCAGGGACUCUCCUCUGCGGCUGAGAUCGAUGCAGAAGCGACUCGGGAUUAUCAGGUAGAGCUGUGUCGUGCACGUAUGUCAGGCAAAAUGACAGGUCAAAAUACGGCCGCUCACCCUACGGAUGCCCCGCAACGGAUUACCUCGUUAUCCCGAGAGCCUGACGGGAACUCGCCUUCUACUCGAUCCAGUACCUCCUCCUGGAGCGAAGAGCCUGCCUUGACAAACAUGGAUAUAUCUACUGGUCAUAUGGUUUUGGCGUACAUGGAAGACCAUUUACGUAACAAAGAUCGUCUCGAGCAAGAAUGGAAAGCCUUGGUCGCUUACGAAGCGGAGCCAAACACCACAACAGCCGCCGUAAAACCCGACAACAAUGGAAAGAACCGUUACCCACUUUGCCUACCCUAUGACCAUUCAAGGGUGACUCUGAAUCCGCUGUCGAACCAUCUUGGAUCCGACUACAUCAACGCUUCCACUAUUACCGAUCAUGACCCUAGAAACCCAGCGUACAUCGCAGCAUCCGGACCUAUGCCUCACACAUCGUCUGACUUCUGGCAAAUGGUAUGGGAGCAAGGCAGCGUUGUCAUGGUGAUGCUGACACGUCUUACGGAGAACGGGCAACAGUUGUGCCAUCGGUACUGGCCUGAAGAGGGUUCGGAGUUGUAUCACAUUUAUGAGGUCCACUUAGUGAGUGAACACAUCUGGUGCGAUGAUUACUUGGUCCGCAGCUUCUACUUGAAAAAUCAACGAACAAGCGAGACACGCACUGUCACACAGUUCCACUUCCUUUCGUGGCCAGAGAACGGUGUACCAUCAUCCACUAAGGCUUUGCUGGAAUUCAGAAGGAAAGUGAACAAAUCGUACAGGGGACGCUCCUGCCCUAUUGUGGUCCACUGCAGUGAUGGUGCCGGCCGAUCCGGUACCUACUGCUUGAUCGACAUGGUCCUAAAUCGUAUGGCGAAAGGGGCGAAGGAGAUUGACAUCGCGGCGACUCUUGAACACAUACGCGAUCAGCGCCCGCGCAUGGUCGCCACGAAGCAACAGUUCGAGUUUGUGCUGAUGGCCGUUGCUGAAGAGGUCCAUGCAAUCCUGAAAGCUCUGCCGGCGCAUUUACAACAACUACAAGAGAAAAAAGACAAAGAAAAAGACAAAGACGGCUCUGAAAAGGAAAAACACAACUGAAAUAUUACGCACCGAUUUAACGCUUUUUAAAUAAAUUUACAAAUGAUGAGAAUUUCGCUAUGGCAACAUUAAGGCACUAAUUUUCGUUUCUUCAUGUUGGCAAGACUGAAAGACAUUUUAAAUAUCGAAACACAUUUGGGCGCGAAAUUCUCAGACAUUUUAA